AUGGGAAACAGCCUACGAUGUUGUUUGGCCUGUGUUCUUCCUUGUGGAGCACUAGAUUUGAUCAGGAUCGUUCAUCUAAACGGUUACGUUGAGGAGAUCACACGGUCAAUAACCGCCGGAGAGAUCCUUCAGGCAAACCCAAAUCAUGUCCUAAGCAAGCCAUGUUCUCAAGGAGUUGUCCGAAAAAUCUUGAUCUUGUCUCCUGAAUCUGAGCUCAAGCGAGGAAGCAUCUAUUUUCUCAUCCCCGAUUCUUCCUUGCCGGAAAAGAAAAGGAGAAGAAAAGACGGACAUUGCCGGAAAAAGACUAACAACAACAACCCUAGCGCCAAGGCCGGAGACGUUAAAGGUGAUGAUCAAUGUGUGAAGUUGUGUGAGAAGUACUUAGAAGAAGUUGUGUCGUCGACCUCGGCUGGUAAAGAACACCGUCAUCGCCGGCGACACAGCAGAUCGGCGUCAGUAUCCACGUGGCGGCCUCACCUUGACAGUAUUUCUGAGGAUCUUAAUUAA